AUGUCAAGCACAUCAACUUCUCGAAUAAGAAAAACAGAAAAGAAGUACGAAAUUAUUCUGAAAACGAAAGCAAACUGUUUGAGAACUAACUUUUUCUGCUUCACCAAAGGCUUUGGAAUUCAUUUCAAUACAAAUGGACUUUUAAAUAACACGGUGCUUCAAGCACCCUUCCCAAAAGCUUAUUUGAUUGAAGCUCUUUUGUUUCAAAGUAUUUUCAUCAAAGUUCUGGAAAAACUUUGA